AAUUCACCCGUUCAUUUAUGUGAAAUCUUUAUUUAUUUAUUUGUCUUCAGAUGUAGUGAGUUUUACCUUGAUUGAUAAUCAGAUUAUUGAAAACUUAAUAUUUUAGGUAACUCCUUUAAGAAUACAUAUCUUUUUCACAGGUCUUUAUUUAUUUUAUUUUAUUUUAUUAGAUUUUUGAAGAAUGAGGCCUAAAAGUGUGAUGUUCACCAUUGGAUUGAUUUUUGGAUAUUUUUCUCUUCGCUUGUUGCUGACCUCCAUAUAUUCAAAAGAUCCGGUCUCAGACUCUGUGAGGAAUGAAAAAAAUCUACUUCAUGCUUAUGACAUACACAAAGAGGCAAGUCAGAAGAACAGCUCUGUAGAGAAUCACCCUAACUCUCCACGGAUCUUGUGUUGGAUUAUGACGGGACCCAGGAAUCUGGAAUCACGGACCAAACAUGUCAGGCAAACAUGGGGCAAGCAUUGCCACCACAUUCUGUACAUGAGUUCAGUGAAGACAGACUUCCCAACUGUGGAGCUGAAUGUCAGUGAAGGGAGGGAAAACCUGUACUGGAAGACCAUCAGAGCACUCCAGUACAUCCACCAGCACCAUGAGGACAAAGCCAACUGGUUCCUGAAAGCAGAUGAUGAUACAUUUGUGGUCAUAGAGAACCUGCAGUACAUCUUAUCCAAGCUUGACCCCGAAAAACCAUUGUACCUUGGUCGAAGGUUUAAGCCUUUCAUCAGCCAAGGCUACAUGAGUGGAGGAGCAGGUUACGUCCUGAGCAAAGAAGCACUGAGGAGAUUCAUCAAAGGGUUUGAAACAGGACAGUGUACGCACUUCUCCACAAUAGAAGACAUGGCUCUGGGAAAAUGUAUGGAGACGAUGAAGGUGGAGCCAGUGGACACCAGGGACGUGAAGGGCAGGCAAACAUUCCACGCUUUUCCUCUAGACCACUACGUCAUACGACAACUACCAAGACCUCGGCCGUGGCAUAUGAUCUACGACUACUAUGUUCCAAAUGAGGGUCCAAACUGCUGCUCAGAUUUUAUUGUAUCUUUUCACUACAUUUAUGCUGUUCAGCAGUAUGUGCUGGAAUAUUUUACCUACCAUCUGCGACCCUAUGGAUACUCAUAUAGAUUCAGGCCUGAUGAAAUGGUGGAAGCGAACAACAAAACUAAUGAAGGAGGAUGAGAAGAUGAGUGGAAUGGGAGCGGAUCAAGACGUAGGAUGAAGUGGAUGAGUGGGGAGGAAAGAGCUUGUGAUGGGGGGCUUCUGGACUCUUUUCAUAAAAAAAGGGUCCAGAAGCCACGAUAAUGAGUGUGAAGAGGGAUGACUAGAAGCACCGGGAUGACACAGAAGAGGAAUUCGGGAAGAGAGAGAAGAGAGUAAAGGAGACAUAAGACAGAAGGUGAGCUACAGGGAGCCAGUCCCUCCACUGGCUCCCUGUAGCUCAAAGAAUAGACUUUAAAAUACUGUUGUUAGUUUAUAAAUCACUGAACGGUUUAGCACCACAAUACAUCAAAGAUCUGCUGUUGUUGUAUCAACCUUCCAGACUCUCAGGUUCUGGUUCUGGUUCUGCUCUGCAUCCCCAGAACCAGAACCAAAAGAGGAGAAACAGCUUUCAGCAUCUAUGGACCAAAAAUUUGGAACAAACUUCCAGAAAACUGUAAAACAGCGGAAACCCUGACUUCCUUUAAAUCUCAACUAAAAACACACCUGUUUAGAAUUGUAUUUGAAAUGUAAUAUGUAACAAUGUAUUUAUUAUUCCAUGAUGCAUGACUUUGUGUUCUUGUGUUUAUGAUGUAAAGCACUUUGAAAUGCCUUGCUGCUGAAAUGUGCUAGAAAAAAAACCCAAAAAACAAGAGCAGACAGUUUUCUGCCCAGAUGUACAAUCUGGACAUUUUUCUGAGCCUGAGAUGUGAUUUGGUCAAACAUUAGUGGCAGAAUAAUUAGACAGAUAUCCUGUCUACCACAGCAAUGUUUUAUAGCUUCCAGAAAAGGUAGCUAUAAAACAGAUCAAGUCACCUGGACUCUCAGUUCUGAACGGUCACGUCUCAUAUAAAUUUAUUGUUUACUUCAUUUUUUUUCUACAGCAGAAGUGGUGUCAAAAACUUCUGCUGUAUUCAAAAUGUUGGAAAAACGUAAUAAAAAUGACUGAAAAUUAACUAAUGAAAAUCACACAAUAUUUUUGAACUGUGGUUCAACCUAAUCAUUAAAAAAAUCUAAUGAAACAAACUUGGCCAAAAAUGAUGCUACCUGCCUUAAUAUUUUGAUGUGUGAACUUUCAAGGGAAUCAGAUGAUUUGUGUCACUGACUUCUCAUAGGCAACCUGUUCUAAUUGUCUCGGGUUUGAAAAGUGCCUUUUAUUGGCAUGUCAUAAUACUGCCACGGUUAUGUUUUUAAAGUCUGGAAUGUAAGGUUGAGUUUCUGAUUUUUCCAGAUUUAAGAGAGUAAAGGUUGUUAAAGCCAAAAGUUGCACUUGUUGGAUUGAGAAACAAAAUCUAGACAAUAUUGUCACUGUAUAAAAAAGGUUU